AACAACUGUAUCUGCGGCAGCCUGGCAGGCUAUCUUUUACUUUAGGAUAUUAUUAUUGUGAUAAAGAAAACGUGCAAUUAUAAACACAGCCAAAAUGGUCGAUAAGUUUAUAGGAACGUGGAAAAUGGUUGACAGUGAAAAUUUCGAUGAUUAUAUGAAAGCUUUGGGUGUCGGUUUUGCUACCAGGCAGAUGGGUAACAUGGCGAAACCCAGCCUGAUCUUUAGUGUAGAAGGCGACAUUCUUUGUAUGAAAUCACAAAGCACCUUUAAGACCUCAGAGGUCAAAUUCAAAUUGGGUGAGGAGUUCGAUGAAACGACAGCCGACGACAGAAAAACAAAGACUACAAUUACAUUGGAAAACAACAAACUGAUGCAUAAACAAUCGUGGGAUGGCAAACAGACAACAUUGGAAAGAGAAGUGAAAGAUGGAAAAUUAGUAGCGAGAUGCAUCAUGGGCAAUGUUGUUGCCACAAGGACCUAUGAGAAAGAAGCCUAAUGAUUCAGUCUUCUGAGAGGGCUGGAUUUUGAAGACACCAGGCUCAGUUGAAUGAGCAAAAGGCCAAAAUGCUGCUUGUUUCCUCCUUGUUUUUGUAACACCAAAGCAAAUAUCAAAUUGACAGUUUUGAGAAGUGAUUCAUUCAGUAUUACCUGCUCUGCUUCUUAAAUAAAACUCUGUUGACUGCA